AUGUCAAUCUCGUUUCCAAAAAUGCAACACCUCAUCGUUAUGACGACAAUUGGAGACAAAAAGGUUAACAAUAACAUAAUACUCUUUUUAUAG